AUGUUCAACCUCCAGGACUACCCAAUAAAAUCACGCCACAUCAUUCCCAACCUCGCGUCCCCACCGCACGAUCUAAACACCGAUUACCUUCCCCACUCCAAAAAGAAACACGUGUCCAUUGUUCACCGGCAAAACCAGUCAACACACAUCAUUUACCAGUACAUCCGGUCACUCCCUGCUCUUCAAUUCCCGCUAGGCCUGGCUCUGGAGAGCUACUUAGAUUCUGGCUACCAAGGGUCGGUGCCUGGUAUGGCACCUUCUCGAGUGGCUGGAGGUUUAGCCCAAUCUUCCUCAAGUUCCGGAAUUUUCUUCCAAGGGGAUGGGCAGUCCCAGGGUUUAGUUAACUCUCACUUGAGCUCAUCAUUUGGCAACUCAUCAAAUUCGAUUCCUGGAACUGGGCGACCCAAUUUGGGUCCGGUUUCUGGGGACAUGAAUAAUGCGGUUUUGAACAGUGUGGCAAACUCAGGACCGAGUGUUGGGGCGAGUUCUUUGGUGACAGAUGCAAAUUCGGCGCUUUCUGGAGGUCCUCAUUUGCAGAGAAGUGCAAGCAUCAAUACAGAGUCAUAUAUGCGAUUGCCAGCUUCACCCAUGUCUUUUUCAUCCAAUAAUAUAAGCAUUUCAGGCUCGUCAGUUGUUGAUGGGUCCUCUGUGGUGCAGCAGGGCAAUCAUCAGGAUCGAAAUGUCCAGCAGGUUCCACAGAAUCAGCAGCAACACCAUGGGGCUUCAAGUGCUACGUCCUUGCCCACAUCACAAAUUGGGCAAGUGUCACUUUCCAUGGGUCCGCGAGGUCAGGGAUCCUUCCUUCAAGACCCAAAUAAUCUAUCGCAAGUGCAAAAGAAGCCGAGAUUGGAUAUCAAACAGGAAGAUGUUCUGCAGCAGCAGCAGGUGUUCCAACAACUGCUGCAAAGACAGGACUCCAUGCAGUUGCAAAACCGAAAUCCGCAGCUACAAAACUUGAUCCAUCAACAGAGACUGAGGCAACAACAUCAACUUAUCCAAUCUAUGCCACCAUUGCAGAGAGCCCAGUUACAUCAGCAGCAGCAGCAGCAGCAGAUGCAGUUAAGGCAGCAAAUGCAACAACAGGCCAUGCAACCAGCAUCUGCCUUGAAGCGUCCUUUUGAUGGGGGUAUUUGUGCUCGUCGGUUGAUGCAAUAUCUAUAUCAUCAGCGGCAACGGCCUGCUGAGAACACUUUUGCAUAUUGGCGGAAAUUUGUGGGAGAGUACUAUUCUCCUCGUGCAAAGAAAAGGUGGUGCUUGUCAUUAUAUGAGAAUGUUGGGCAUCAUGCACUUGGUGUUUUCCCCCAGGCAGCUAUGGAGGCAUGGCAGUGCGACAUUUGUGGGUCUAAGUCUGGAAGAGGGUUUGAGGCAACUUUCGAAGUGCUCCCUAGACUCAAUGAAAUCAAGUUUGGAAGUGGUGUCAUUGAUGAGCUUUUGUUUUUGGACAUGCCACGUGAAUUUAGAUUGCCUUCUGGAAUAAUGAUGCUGGAGUAUGCAAAAGCAGUCCAAGAGAGUGUAUAUGAGCAACUUCGUGUUGUUCGUGAGGGUCAGCUUCGUAUUAUAUUUACCCAUGACUUAAAGAUAUUGUCUUGGGAAUUUUGUGCACGGCGUCAUGAAGAACUUCUUCCACGGAGGGUGGUUGCACCACAGGUGAAUCAGUUGCUCCAGGUUGCGCAGAAAUGUCAGACCACAAUUGCUGAAAGUGGAUCUGAAGGGGUUUCUCAGCAGGAUUUGCAAACAAACAGCAAUAUGGUUCUGACGGCUGGUCGCCAGCUCGCGAAGAGUUUAGAGUUGCAAUCGCUGAACGAUUUGGGUUUUUCCAAAAGAUAUGUCAGGUGUCUGCAGAUCUCUGAGGUUGUCAACAGCAUGAAGGAUCUGAUUGACUUCUGUCGGGAGCAAAAAGCUGGGCCUAUUGAGGGCUUGAAAAGUUAUCCUCGGCAUGCUACCGCUGCUAAGCUCCAGAUGCAGAAAAUGCAGGAAAUGGAGCAGUUAGCAAGUGUUCAAGGUCUGCCAACUGAUCGAAACACCCUCAAUAAACUAAUGGCAUUACAUCCUGGAAUAAACAACCAUGUGAAUAGCAACCAUCAAAUGGUUGGUCGAGGUGCUUUGAGUGGUUCAGCCCAGGCUGCUUUGGCGUUAACAAGCUACCAGAAUCUGUUCAUGAGGCAGAACUCGAUUAAUUCAAACUCCAGUUCACAUCAACAGGAGGCUGGUUCACCAUUCAAUAAUUCUAAUCAGAGUCCAUCCUCCAACUUCCAAGGAGCUGCUAAUUUCAUACCUGGAUCCAUGCAGAACUUACCUGUGAGUGGCUUUUCGAGUCCACAUCUACCUCCCCAACAGCCCCAUCAGCUGCAGCAGCGCUCAUUGAGCUCUAAUAGCUUACUCCAGCAGAGUCUUCCACAGUCCUCCCAAGGCAACCCGGCCUUGCAACCACAGAUGAUCCAACUGCUGCAGGAAAUGUCCAAUAACAGUGGGGGUGGAGUCCAACAACAUUCCCUCUCUGGACAGAGCGGGAACAGUGGCAUGGCUAGGAGUGGAUUGGGUUUUGGAAGCAACAAUUUGGCAACACCUCCAAAUGCUUCCACUGUUUCAGUAAGUGCUGGAGGACCUGCUCCAAGCCGAAGCAACAGUUUCAAAGCUGCUGCAAACAGUGAUUCUUCGGCAGCUGGUGGCAACAGUGGGUUUAACCAGAAAGUGCCAGAUAUGCCUCACAAUCUUCAUCUGCAGGACGACAUUGUUAGUGAUAUUGCCCACGAGUUCACUGAAAAUGGGUUUUUUAACAGUGACCUUGAUGAUAACAUGGGUUAUGGUUGGAAGGCAUGA